UUAUUUAUCUCUAUCUCUCUCUCCGCUCUUUACGCCUGUCUCGUCGACUUCCAUUUUUCAAAUCACACCCCCAAGCUUAGCUUCACUCUCAUGGCCUUACUUCUGUGCAAGGCUCUGUUUUCACUCCUCCUCGUCUUUCUCGUCUCCACCCUCCAGGCCUCCGGCGCGUCGCCGGCUGAGACGGGUAAAACUUACAUAUUCCGAGUUGACAGGUUCGCGAAGCCCUCCAUCUUCCCCACGCACAGCCACUGGUACGCCUCCGAGUUUGCCGACCCCGUUAGCAUCCUCCACGUGUACGACACCGUUUUCCAUGGCUUCUCUGCCUCUCUUACUCCAUCUCAAGCCGCUUCCGUGCUCGAACACCCUUCGGUGCUCGCCGCUUUCGAGGACCACCGGCGCCAGCUCCACACCACUCGGUCGCCGCAGUUUCUAGGAUUGCGGAACCAGCGCGGACUCUGGUCGGAGUCCGAUUACGGCUCCGACGUCGUUAUCGGCGUCUUCGAUACUGGAAUUUGGCCCGAGCGCAGGAGCUUCUCCGAUCUGAAUCUCGGUCCGGUUCCGAGGCGCUGGAAAGGCGUUUGUCAAUCGGGAGACAGGUUCACUUCGAGGAACUGUAAUAAGAAGCUCGUUGGAGCUCGGUUCUUCUCCAAAGGCCACGAGGCGGCGGGGAGGCUCGGCGGUGGCGGAAUCAACAAGACUGUUGAGUUCCUGUCGCCGCGAGACGCCGACGGUCACGGUACUCACACGGCGUCUACUGCCGCCGGGAGGUACUCGUUUCGGGCGAGUAUGGCCGGUUACGCGCCUGGAAUAGCCAAAGGCGUUGCUCCGAAAGCUCGAUUGGCUGUGUACAAAGUCUGCUGGAAGAAUUCUGGAUGCUUUGAUUCUGACAUUCUGGCUGCAUUUGAUGCUGCUGUCAACGACGGCGUCGAUGUCAUUUCAAUAUCCAUCGGAGGCGGCGACGGUAUUUCGUCUCCGUACUAUCUCGAUCCAAUUGCGAUUGGAUCUUACGGCGCCGUUUCAAUGGGAGUUUUUGUGUCCUCCUCCGCCGGGAACGACGGGCCUAAUGGUAUGUCCGUCACGAACCUUGCGCCCUGGCUCAUGACGGUCGGAGCGGGAACUAUAGACCGGAAUUUCCCGGCCGAUGUAAUCCUUGGCGACGGACGGAGGCUCCCCGGUGUGUCGUUGUACGCCGGAGCUCCGCUGAAAGGGAAAAUGUAUCCUUUGGUUUAUCCUGGUAAAUCAGGGGUACUAGCUGCUUCUCUAUGUAUGGAGAACUCGCUCGACCCCAAGCUUGUGAGGGGUAAGAUUGUAAUCUGUGAUCGCGGAAGCAGUGCCAGAGUGGCAAAGGGACUGGUGGUGAGGAAGGCCGGCGGCGUCGGAAUGAUUCUCGCCAACGGCGCUUCGAACGGUGAAGGCUUAGUCGGCGACGCUCACUUGAUCCCCGCUUGUGCCGUCGGUUCUGAUGAAGGCGACCUAAUCAAGUCCUACAUUGCAUCUUCUGCAGUCGCCACUGCUACCAUUGAUUUCAGAGGCACCAUACUUGGGAUCAAGCCGGCGCCGGUGGUGGCCUCCUUCUCCGGCAGGGGACCAAACGGGCUGAACCCCGAGAUCUUGAAGCCGGACUUGAUAGCUCCCGGCGUAAACAUCUUAGCCGCCUGGACGGACGCCGUUGGCCCGACGGGAUUGGACUCGGACACUCGGAAAACAGAGUUCAACAUUCUCUCCGGCACGUCCAUGGCUUGUCCUCACGUGAGCGGUGCGGCGGCUUUGCUCAAGUCGGCACACCCAGAUUGGAGCCCGGCAGCGAUAAGGUCGGCGAUGAUGACAACCGCCAGUAUAACCGACAAUCGCUUCCAACCCCUGGACGAUGAGUCCUCCGGCAAACCCUCCACUCCUUACGAUUACGGAGCCGGGCACCUCAAUCUGGGCCUUGCAAUGGAUCCGGGCCUCGUGUACGAUCUCACAAACGACGAUUACGUCAGCUUUUUGUGCUCAAUUGGGUACGGAGCGAAGACAAUCCAGGUGAUCACCCGAUCACCGGUGAAUUGCCCGAUGAAGAGACCGUUGCCGGAGAAUCUGAACUACCCGUCGAUUGCCGCGCUGUUCUCGAGCUCGAGGGCGGGUGCGUCGAGCAAGACAUUUGUGCGGACAGUGACGAAUGUCGGGGCAAUAAACUCGGUUUACAGCGUGAAGGUUGAGCCGCCCAAGGGGGUGGCGGUGACGGUGAAGCCGACGAAGCUGGUGUUCUCGGAGAGGGUGAGGCAGCUGAGGUACGCGGUGACAGUGACGGCGGAUAGCAAGAAUCUGGUCCUGGGCGACUCGGGUGCAGUGUUCGGGGCACUUUCUUGGGUGGAUGGAAAGCAUGUGGUUCGGAGCCCCAUAGUGGUGACCCAGAUUGACCCCCUUUGAGCAAUCACAUUGAUCCGAAAGAUGAUCAUAGAGUGAAGGUUUAAGCUGUUGUUGCUACAUUAGUUCCCAAGUGUAAUGGGUUUUAUGUAUGGCGCUUGUUGCUGCAAGGGGUAGGGAGUCACUAGGAAAAAGAACUGGAGACAGGCUGUUAGGGUUGGGUUGGGUUGCUUUGCUUUUUGGGUGUUUUUGUGUUCCAAGCUGAAGAGUUCAUAAUGUAUCUAUUAUAGACUAUAGGUACUUGCAUAAUCUGGGCUUUGCCCUGAA